GUGCGGCCCCCUGACGGCGCCGAACUUCGCCUUCGCGUGGCUGGAGCUCGUCAGCAACCGGAUGUUCGUGCCGAAGCUCCUCGGCCGGAAGCAGGGGGGCGCCACCGCGCGCCUCCUGCUGCAGCGGCUCCUGGCCCAGCUCUUCUGCUUCCUGGAGCCGCGCCUGCGGCGCGUGCAGCUCGCGGACAGCGCCCGGAAGCUGUACUACGGGACCCUGCGCACACUCCUGGUGCUCUUGCACGACUUCCCCGAGUUUCUGUGCGAGUGCCACUUCUCCUUCUGCGACAUCCUGCCG